AUGAACACACUUUCUACCUGUUUGAUUAUCCUCAGCGUAUUUGGUUUCUCUCAUGCUGCAGAUAUCCAGAACCCAAAGGGCUACACCAUACGCAACGGCCAGUUUUCCGCUGACACCCAGGAGGGCACUACUGUCCAAUGCGCUGCUUGCCGUCUAUUCAAUGCAUCUGGCUGCCACCCUCUGAAUAACGUUCAGGCCCCACGUACCUCUCAAUUAUGCACCAAGUCAUACAUCUUUACAGGUCCAUCCAGUGGUCGAUGUUACACUGACCAAGACAGUUACCUGUGUGACAAAGGACACACUGAAAAACGAAGCCCUGGCCAGAUGCCAGGCUGCCAGGGCUGUGGCGCGGAAGACCCUCCUUUAUAA